AUGGAAACGGCUCAGAAGGCUGUCAUGGCGGACCAGUCAUACUCACCCCAGCCUACGACGCCACGACUAUCGCCACUCAAUGACAAGCCUCCGGACGUGACAUCUCCACGCAAGGUCAAAUCGCUCAAACUAGAGGAACCGCUUGUGUCUUUGGGCUUUACAGAAGAUCCGACAACCGGAAUCAUCGACCUAGAACAAGCCCUAGCCGACCUAGAAGCCAGCUACAACCACUCGCGCUUGCACUCGGAAUUCCAGAAAGAUUUGAGCGACCCAUUCAGCGACGAACUAAGAGGUGUUCUACAAGAAGCUUCUGCGAUUACAGCCCGAAUUGUUGACCGGGAACAACUUGAACCAGCCGAUACUAUCAAACGACUUAUGGUACCGGUGAUGGACUUUACCAUAUCUGAACCUGAGUGGAUGGGUAACGACUCAGAUUCGAAGAAACUCUUGGAAUGGGCCAUAGUAAACCACCCCGGGCCAAUGGUAACGACCUACCCCGGAGACCAGAAGGCUUACAUGCAAUUGCAAUGGAUUCCAUUUCCUUCCAAGCUCGGAAGAAUUUCCCUUGCCGAGACAAUUGAUGCCACGGACACCCACUCAUCUAUUGAGCUCACAGACCACCGUGGGAUUCUGACAAGCUCGGAUUUUGUCUGGAAGCGACCAGAUUUGGCCAUUCUCAUGAAUUUGGAAGACGAAGAUAUUCUCGACGCGGGCGAAGUAGUUCACGCGACAGAAAAGUCUCAUCAACCACAUUCUAGCAAUCAACGCGAGUCCUUUUCAGCACUCAUCAGGAAGAGAAAGCAACAAGCAAAUAAUUCUGCCUCUACAGAUACUUUUCCAUCUCCAGUUGAUCUAAUUGUGCCAGCAAAGGCUGGCUCAGAUCUUGAUUCAUCCAAACACAUACUCGUUCGACCGAACGAUGCUUCAACUUCUUCGACUCUGCUCGCAAAUUUUGUGACUUUUCACAACUACAAGAAAAGAAAACUUGAUUCGAGCUCGUUUUUCGAAAAACCUAGUCGGCAAGAGAUUACUCAUUCAAAGGAGGACAGUUUCGAUAUACCCGACCAUGAAAAGCAUCAACAGGUCACAACAUCGGGUACUCGAGGACGGAACUUCAGAUAUGCCCCGUGUCCAUCACUUAAAGAAGAAGGGGUACCAGCAAAUAUAUUUGCGGCCAUAUCAAUGCCACACGGUGUCACAUCGUGGACAAUGAAACUAUUGCCACACUUGAAGAUUGUUGAGAGAGACUUUGACCGAUGGAACGCUAUGACUUGGGAUCGAAAGUCUAUCUUGAGAUCGCCUGUUAUCUCAUCAUUAGCAGCUGAGGCAGAUGUUAUUGUAUCGCCAUCCACAGGUAUCAUCAUCACCUCCCUGAUCAAAGCUAUACAGCGCCCUUUGCCUGGCCAUAAACGUAAGGUGGCCUCCAGGGCGAAGAUUGAACAGGUCUCUCUACGAUACGAACGUAUGAUUAUCCUCGUUUCCGAAGCAAAUCGAGUAGAUGAAUCAGUACGCGAGUUGACCCAAUCAGAGCACGCCGCCUUCGCGGACUUCUCUGGCUUUGUUUCUGGCUUGGACACAGAUACGCAGGUCUAUUACAUCGGAGGCGGCGAAGAGAUUUUGUCACGAUGGCUGGCUUACUUCAUUACCAAGUACUCAUAUGAGGCGAGAGAGGUGGACAGCUUAAUCAUCGAGUCCGAGUCUACAUGGGAAAUGAUGCUGCGCCGGGCAGGCAUGAAUGUGUUCGCAGCACAAGUCAUCUUAUCUUCGUUGAAAGAACCACGAGGUGUCCCCAGAGACGAUUUUGGUAGCCGCGGACUGGCUAGAUUUAUUAACAUGUCUCUAGAGGACAGAAUCGCCAAAUUCGGCCAGGUACUUGGUGGACAAAGAGUUCUUCGACGAGUUGGCUCAGUACUGGAUUCCUCCUGGGAAUGA